AUGAACUUUUUAAUGAUUUUUUUGAUCACUUAUCUAAUAGGUUCUUCAACAGAAUUCACAAUAACAGAGAUUGAUGAGCCUCUUAUAUACAUAAAAAUACAUCCAAAUGAACAUAAGACAAUAAAUUUAGAAGAUGCUCGAGAUGCAAUUUUACAAUCUUAUAAUAAUAGUAGAGGUUGCGAAAUCAGUCCUAUGCAAGUUAAAUUUGAAACUCAAGAAUUCAGAAUAAUUCAAGAAUAGGAUUUCACAGAUCAAGAUUUUGAAUCAGACACUAUUCUCAACUUUCGUUAAUUUGUGUCUAUGGUUCAUAUAAAAGAUGGAAUGUUAGCAAUCACUUCAGAUUCUAUUGCAUAUCUGCUUAAAUUUAAUUAUGAAACUGUUUAUGAACACGAUUUCGAAGAAACAGGAUAAUAAUUUGCUAGAAUUUUAUGGAGAGCAGAUCUUCAAACUAUUGCUCCAACAUUGAUUGCUAAGAAUGAGUUACCAUAAUUAUUAUAUUCUCCAUCUUCUAAUUUAGCAUUCUUACUAUUUAGUGAUAGUGCUUAAUUAUUUAGUAUGGAUUAAAUGGAAUCAUAAGCAACAUCACUUGAUGUUUAUUAAGUAACAGAUUGGAGAAAGAGAGGAUAUAGAGGAUUAACUAAAGAAAUAGAUGGACUAGUAUUUAGUGCAGUAGGAAGAGAUGGAUUAGAUGUUUAUAAGAUUGUAUAGAAGGAUCUUAGAUUUAUCAAAAAUCUUAAAUUAAGAGAUUUUGGUUUAAAUUCUUCUAUUGAAAUUGUUGAUUUUGCUAUCAUAUAACAUGGAAAAAAAGUUGAUUACUACUCUAUGUUUUUAUUAGAUAGGGAAUUAGGAUUAUUAUUAAUAGAUAUUCAUAAAGAUUUAUAUGUUAAUUUUGGAAUGAGAUCAUGGAUUAAUUAUGAAUCUGGUGGAAUAUCAGUUGAUACUCGAAAUGGUAGGAAUGUUUUUAUGGCUUAUUAAUAAAUGAAUCAUUAUUUUGUACUUGAAUAUAAUGUGGAUAUAGAUAAUGGUAAUUCUUUUUUGAUUAGAAAAAAGAAAAUAGAUCAUCGAAUAAUUGAUUUAGAUGCAACAGAAGAUUUUGUAAUUGUCUAAGGUGUUAAUUAGCAUUUAAUUUUAUUUUCAAAUGGGUAUGAUUUUGUGAUGAAUAAUCAUAAAGAUUAAGUAUUCAAACAUUUGGGUUUGAGAGACUUUGCAUUCUUUAAUUAAACUUAUAAAUUAGAAGAUAUGGAAAAUAUCGAAUAAUAAUAUGAUGAUUUCUUUUUUGGAAUAACUGCUUAGAGCGCUUUCCUAACACGAUUUUAGGUUGAACCAAUAAAGAUGAAGUGUUUCUAUCAUAAUGAUGAAGGUAAGACAAUUGAUAUUAUAAAGUUGGUUAAUCAUACAGAUAUCUAUUGUCAUACAAUACUACAGUAGAGGGUAUUUAAGACUUGGUAAUAAGACACGAAAAAAUGGUGAUUGUGGAAAUAAUCAAGACUUAUUUGUAUGAAGCAGAGUAUUACUUAUUAUAUGCAAUUGCUUUUUUAUUGGGAUCAGUGUUUUUAAUGGGUUUGGGAUAUGUUGGUUAUUGGUUUUAUAGCAAUUAAAAGGAACAUUAGAUAUUGGUGGAAUAAAUUGAGAAAACAGCUAGAGAAAAAGGCAUCAAAUAGGUGAAUGGUUCAACAGCUUUUAAGGGAGACGAAACAUCAGUAUUUUAAUAAUAAAAUAAAUCUAUUAUGCCCUGA